GCUGGUGCGGGUAGGGCCUGGAGGGUGCCUGAGAGCCCAGUCCCGGGACCCUCAGAGCGGCGGGGCGGCCCUGGUGCAACCUCGUCACUGCUUUGUCUUGAAGACAGAACGAUGCCGAAGAAAGCAAAGCCCACGGGGAAUGGGAAGGAAGAGGGGUCUGUUCCCUGCAAGCAGGUGAAGAUAGAGGCAGCUGGUGGACCCUCCUCUAUUAAAUUUGAAAGCCCCAGUGAUCUGUUUGAAAGCUUAAUCUCGCCCAUCAAGACAGAGACUUUUUUCAGGGAAUUCUGGGAGAAGAAGCCCCUUCUCAUUCAGAGAGAUGACCCUGCAGUGGCUACAUAUUACCGGUCCCUGUUCAGGCUGUCAGAUCUGAAGAGUCUAUGCAGCCGGGGUAUGUACUAUGGAAGAGACAUAAAUGUCUGCCGGUGUGUCAAUGGGAAGAAGAAGGUUUUAAAUAAAGAUGGCAAAGUGCACUUUCUUCAACUGAGAAAAGAUUUUGAUCAGAAAAGCACAAUUCAGUUUCACCAACCUCAGAGAUUUAAGGAUGAGCUUUGGAGGAUCCAGGAGAAGCUAGAAUGCUACUUUGGCUCCUUGGUUGGCUCGAAUGUAUACAUAACCCCUGCAGGAUCCCAGGGCCUCCCACCCCAUUAUGAUGAUGUCGAGGUUUUCAUCCUGCAGCUGGAGGGGGAGAAACACUGGUGCCUUUACCACCCCACUGUGCCCCUGGCACGAGAGUACAGCGUGGAGGCCGAGGACAGGAUUGGGAGGCCGACACAUGAGUUCACGUUGAAGCCGGGUGAUUUCCUGUACUUCCCCAGAGGGACCAUUCAUCAAGCGGACACUCCUCCAGGUCUGGCCCACUCUACUCACGUGACCAUCAGCACCUACCAGAACAAUUCAUGGGGAGAUUUCCUUUUGGACACCAUGUCAGGGCUUGUGUUUGACACCGCAAAGGAAGAUCUGGAGUUCCGGGCUGGCAUACCCCGGCAGCUGCUCCUGGUGGAAGCCACAGCUGUUGCAACAAGAUUAAGUGGCUUUCUGAGGACCCUUGCAGACCGCCUGGAGGGCACCAAAGAGCUGCUUUCAGCAGACAUGAAGAAGGAUUUUGUUAUGAACAGACUUCCCCCUUACCAUAUGGGAGACGGAUCAGAGUUUUCAACGCCAGGUGGACAGUUACCAAGGUUGGACAGCACAGUGAGACUGCAGUUUAAAGACCACACCAUCCUCACAGUAGGGCUGCAUCAGGAUCAGUCUGAUGAAACUCAGGAAAAGAUGAUUUACAUCUAUCAUUCCUUAAAGAACAGGAGAGAGACACACAUGAUGGGAAAUGAGGAAACAGAGUCUCAUGGACUUCGCUUUCCUUUAUCACAUAUGGAUGCACUGAAGCAAAUUUGGGGCCAUCCAGCUGUUUCUGUCAAGAACCUGAAACUUCCUACAGAUGAGGAAAAGGAAAAUCUGGUGUUAUCCCUCUGGACAGAAUGCUUAAUCCAGGUAGUCUAGUGCCUUUCCAGAAUUGAGAAUGGACCAUCUGUUACAUACGUAUGAGAAGAGGAGGAGCAAACAUUUAUGUGCUAGGCAGCUUCUGUUGCUUUCAGUCAGCAGCCUGGGACUGGUUCUACAGCAGCUUUCCUUACAACUGUCCUUACCUAACAACAUGAGACCUCCCUGUUUCAGGAAGUUGGUUGGCCAUGUGUAUUACAGAGGCACAUGGAGGAAAGAAUGGCAGAUGAAGUAUAUGUCUCAGAAAGUAACAAAACCGUACUUUUGAUAAACUUCUUUAAUCCAGUGUGGUAGAAAAGGUAUAACUCCAAUAAAUGUAUCACUGAAAUUUGAA